CCCGGACAGCCGCUUGUAAUUGCGCGUAAUCUUCCGUUUCCAUCCAGAACCGGGAGGGAGGGGAGAAGACUCUCCGGAGCUCAGGAGGGCGACGCGUGUUUCAUCUCCGUGGCUUUCUUUCCCUCCACCGUGGACUGCUUGUUGCCGAAAGUGACAUUGUGCUUGUGUUUUGUGUGUGUUUUGUGUGUGUGUGUGUGUGUGUGUGUCAGCUGCACCUUGAUCCGGGGGACCGACGCCGCCUCGGUGCCGCGUCUCAUCCCGCGCGCCCCCUCUGCCGUCGCUCCUCACCGCGUCGCUCAUCUCCACCGCUGCCGCUCUUCUCCUUCUUCUUCUUUUUGUUGUCUUCUUCUCUCUCUCGUGGAGUCGCUGCCAUGAGGUGCAGCUAACCCUGGAUGCCGACAGCUUCCCCAUUUGUUUUCCCUCCCACAUGUCGCAUCUUUUUUUUGUUUACUUUGAGGAAAAACACGCGCAACUAAACGCUAAGUGAAAGAGAGACCGCGCCGCGCACUUCGCUCCGCUGACAGCGCGAUCAAACAGACGCAAAGAGGAGGGGAGGCAGGGGGGGAAGGAGGGAGGAUAGAUAGAGGAGAGAGAGAGACACUGUGUGUGGGAGAGACAGCGUUAAAGGUGCGUUUUGAUGUUCGGCAUCCACGAGGGCAUCCAGCGGAGUGGGAGUAGUAUGAAAGAGGAGCCCAUGGUGGCCGGGAUGAACGCGGUGCGGACAUGGAUGCAGGGCGCCGGAGUGCUGGACUCCAACACAGCCGCCCAGAGCGGAGUGGGUCUGGCCCGGGCACACUUCGAGAAGCAGCCGCCCUCCAACCUCCGGAAGUCCAACUUCUUCCACUUCGUCCUGGCUCUGUACGACCGGCAGGGCCAGCCGGUGGAGAUCGAGAGAACCACCUACAUCGACUUUGUGGAGAAGGAAACGGAAACGACGGGAGAGAAGACCAACAACGGGAUCCACUACCGGCUGCAGCUCCUCUACAGCAACGGAAUCCGCACCGAGCAGGACCUGUACGUCCGGCUCAUCGACUCCAUGACCAAACAGGCGAUUAUCUACGAGGGCCAGGAUAAGAACCCGGAGAUGUGUCGGGUCCUGCUGACCCACGAGAUCAUGUGCAGUCGAUGCUGCGAUAAGAAGAGUUGUGGCAACAGGAACGAGACCCCGUCAGACCCCGUCAUCAUCGACAGGUUCUUCCUCAAGUUCUUCCUCAAGUGCAACCAGAACUGCCUGAAGAACGCGGGGAACCCUCGAGACAUGCGGCGCUUCCAGGUGGUGGUGUCGACCACGGUGAGCGUGGAGGGUCACGUGCUCGCCGUCUCCGACAACAUGUUCGUGCACAACAACUCCAAACACGGGCGGCGAGCGCGCCGGCUGGACCCGUCGGAAGGAGCGCCGUCCUACCUGGAGCACGCGACCCCGAGCAUCAAGGCCAUCAGCCCCAGCGAGGGCUGGACCACGGGGGGCGCCACGGUCAUCAUCAUCGGGGACAACUUCUUCGACGGCCUGCAGGUCAUCUUCGGAACCAUGCUGGUCUGGAGCGAGCUGAUCACCCCCCACGCCAUCCGGGUGCAGACUCCGCCCAGACACAUCCCCGGGGUGGUGGAGGUCACGCUGUCAUACAAAUCCAAACAGUUCUGCAAAGGCACACCUGGACGCUUCAUCUACACAGCGCUGAACGAGCCAACCAUCGACUACGGCUUCCAGAGGUUACAGAAGGUCAUCCCCAGACACCCCGGAGACCAGGAGAGGUUACCCAAGGAGGUGAUCUUAAAGAGGGCGGCGGACCUGGUGGAGGCCUUGUACGGGAUGCCUCACAACAACCAGGAGAUGAUUCUGAAGCGGGCGGCGGACAUUGCGGAGGCUCUGUACACGACGACGGUGCCGCGGGGCCACAACCAGCUGUCCGGCCUCGGCGGCGGCUCCGUCCACGCCGGCAUGAUGUCGGUGAACUCCUUCGGCGGGUCGGAGGUCGCUCAGACGGCCAAUCAGGGUUUCAACCGGAACACGAGCAGCGUGUCGCCCCACGGCUACGUGCCCAGCUCCACCCCCCAGCAGAGCGGCUACAGCUCCGUCUCCAACAGCAUGAACGGCUACGCCAACUCCGGCAUGGCGGCGCUGGGCACCUCGCCCAACUUCCUCAACGGCUCCGCCGGCAACUCGCCGUACGCCAUCGUGCCCUCCAGCCCCACCAUGGCGUCGUCGACCAGCCUGCCCUCCAACUGCAGCAGCUCCUCCGGCAUCUUCUCCUUCUCGCCGGCCAACAUGGUGUCGGCCGCCGUGAAGCAGAAGAGCGCCUUCGCCCCCGUGGUGCGGCCGCAGAACUCGCCGCCGCCCACGUGCAGCGGCGGCGACAACGGGAGCGACCUGCAAGAUCAGUCCUUUGUGGACUCUAAGUACUCCUCCAACAACUCUCUGCAGGGCCUGGCCUUCUCCUGAACGAUUCCCGGGAUGAUCGUUCCGCCCAUGUAGAGGUUCUGGAAUAGCUGGCGAAUUUUUAUUUUUUUAUUUUUUUGGGGGGAUGUUGAGAGGAGGAAAAAAAAGAACAAAAGUGACACCGUGGAGUCUGGAGAGUCUCGGGAGCCGAAAGAGAAGGAAGUGGAGAUAAAGACUCCGUUAAACUCAGGCCUUUCCAUUUGGGAUUUCAUCUGAAGGGAACGACGAGGAAGAAGAGGAAGAAGAAGAAGAAGAAGAA